AACCCAUGACGGGCAUGUUGUGAAGUCGUACGAGUUGACGACUGUACUACGAGACCGGCGACGAGACCGGAAGCAAUUACACAGUAGAUAUAGCGCAAACGCUUCACAACAUCAUCACACCUGCAGGAAAGUGUGUGACAGGGAGAGUUAAAUAUGACGAUAUUAAGGAUGCAAGUGCAUGUACCAACCAAUGGUGAAACUUUUAAUUUGUCUAAACGAAAUCAUAAUUAGUUCGUGUUUAGUAAACCAAAACAAAAACAAUUCAACGGGGGGGUUUUUUUUAAUUAUCUAUGGAGAAAAAGUGACACGGGUUCAUCGUUCAACAGUUUAUCGCCACAUAGCAUAGCCGUUAACUAGUAGUUGGAAUGUGUUGCAUUGUUUGGUUGUAUAAUGCCGUGCAAAGAUGCAAAGUUGUCAGUUAGUUUAGUUUGUGCGUUCAAUGUUAAUACUUUGUGUGGGCCCUUUUUCUUUCCGUUCUCUCUGUCUCUGUCGCUCAUCUGUUUGGUCUUGCGGCACACCCCCCUCCUUCUUUUCACUGCCUUCUAGUCAACUUAUCCUCCUUAUCCAAGUUUUUUGUCUCUCGUAUGCCGGGCCGUACGGAUUGGUGCGUUUGCGUAAGUGCGAGAUACUCGCUUUAGCGGAAGAGGGAACAGUUACCAUUAGAGAUAUAAAUUUGUUCGUUCGUCAUUUUAUCUAACUUUCUAUAUACAUAUAUAUACUUUGUAAAAUGCGGUAGUUGUGUACUGAAAUCAUUUUGUACUGUAGUUUCCAUCUUUUUUGUUGUUUUUUGGUACAAUUUCUUUGUUAAUGUUAUGUAUGCAGUUUUUGUUCAAUUUGCUACAACUUUUCCUACUACUAGCAGCGAUCAAUAUAUCAGUAGUAGUAGUAGUUCUGUCGGUUUAAAUCUAGCCGUUUCGUUCUGUUCUGUAAUUAGAUGUUUCAAUUCAAAUCUUUACGGUGUGCAGGGGGCAGAAUAAACAAUAAAAACGCCAUACAAUGAUCCUCGCAUGCCAAAGCUCUUUUCCAUUGCUAAAUGUUGCUAUUACGAAUAAGCCGUAACGUGUAACGUUUUUCUUCCUUCAAGCCAAAACGAAAUCGUAGCGGUAGCAUUUUGAUCAACCAUCAAUGGUAAUAUGUCUCAUUAUUUCCAAACAAUAUUGCUAUCGAGCAAGUCUGUUUUGGUCUCUACUGUACAAAAUGUUGCCCUUCAAUGUCUUUUCCUUUCCUUUCCACGGAUGAAUAGAAAGCACACACAUUUGCACGGGGUUUAAUAUUCAAUAUCAAUAGUGAGUAGUUGAGCAUUGUGUCAGAAAGGAUGACUGAUCUGCCAUCGCAAAAGCAGCCGUUGUUAUAUUAGGAAAGUAGGAACUUUUAUCACGAUUUGCUUUGCUUCUAAAUACCUUUGUGACAAUACACUCAUCAUCUCCACCGUUUUGUAGUGAGACUCGAUUUCGGUAAUUCCUUGUAGGUUUGUUUUUAAAGUAAAGUAAAGCAAACAGAGAACCUCUUCCUGUGAAACUAUUGCAAAACCUAAUGGUUAUACAAAUAGUGGUAAACAUUGGUAAUAAAUGCAUGUGAACAUUCACAGAAAGAGUAAAACGUACUUAAAAAACAUGUAUAAAUAAAACCACAUAAAUCUUACAUAAAGAAACAAAACAACAAACAUAUCGUAUUUGAGCGACCAAUGUCGUCAGUAAAGAGGGGCGGCGCGGGGGCGAUGGUAUAGAAGACUAAAACUAAAACUCAAAAUAGGAGCUAUUAUCGUCUUCAGCGGACCGGAGAGCAAGUACAUUCGAACGAGAAUUAAAGCAAAUGUAAUGGCACAUCACACACUCGAGCGGUAGUCAUACUUUGUAAGCUAAAUAAGGUAACCAAACGUUCUUCCAUACAAAACGCUAGAAAAAUACAUAUAUUUAUACUAUCGAGAGAUGCCGCAGAUCAGCAAGUAAUAGGGUUUGAAUACUAAAGGAACGAACGGAACAAACAGUACCAAAAACAAGGAAAGGAGAAGACAACCACAAAAAGGUGCACACACAGCGCGAUUACUUUGCAGCAACAUCCCACAAAUGUAUAAACGUACACCACACACUUCAAACGAGCUGCAAACAAAUUUAUAUCUCUAUAAGUGAAAACUAUUCCGAGAGUGAGAUAAAUCGAGCUAAUAAUUAGAAGGAAAAUCCAACCCACAAAUCCAAAACCCCAGUGAGAGACGAACUGAUGAAGCAGGAUAAACACAAAAUAUUAGAAGCAAAAUGGUCGGGAAUUAUUUUCCAAGCGUGAGCAAGCAAGGCAGAUAAGCUCUUGAGCGAUGCUUCAUAAUAUUCAAAAGCACCUGCUGUUUUAGUAGAGCCGCCAAUUGGUUGGGGAGCGGAUUUUAUUUUAAAAGUCCGGUUUCCGCCUGGUUUCGCAUUGAACUCACUCAUGGUACAAACAUACUAAUGAGCGCACUAACGCAUUAGAAGCGGCGGAGGAGCAGUGUGGUUUUGAAGCUCCUUCUAACGGCAACAGAAAGCUUCCUUCCUACCUCAGAAAGCAUUAGCAGAGGUGUAAGAGCCCGAGAGAUUUGUUUUUGUUUUCUUCAAUACAACAUUGGCUAAGGGGAGGAAUUUGAAUGUAUCUCCUCUUUAACACGCUAAGCACUAAUGGGCGGGUGUGAGAUCAAUCUAAAGAAACACACAAACACACACACAAACCCGUAAAAACCCAAAAGGCUAGUGACGUAAUGCGAGAUUAUCGAUUCGGUAGUUUUAUGAUUUUCGGGCUGGCAAUAGACAAAACUGUUGAAAUGAUGAACUCAACGUGGACCAAAUGGCAAAACGGAUGAAGAAGAAAGAAAGAAAAGAGAUCUUUACGAGCCAUUCCGCUCAAAAAAGCGAUGGCUCCGAGUCGGAAACUUUCCACCAACUACGCAUAUGAGCAAAGGUUCGUGAGCAAAGGAACUGGUGUGUGUGUACACAUUGUAAAAUUGUUGUUUGCAGGCAUUAAGCCAAAAAGGGACAAAGUAUCACAUCACAUAGACAAAUGUGUAUGAGUGCGGAUUUGUGUAAAAAGCGGGUGAGAGAACCUGUGUACCUACUCAAAAGAUUACUUAAAACUGCAUAUAUAACAAACAAAAAAAAGAAAAUGAAAAGAAAACACACUAAAUUAUCCCAUCGAAUUUUGAAUCUUAGGUUUUGAGCCAUUUUAACACGAUCGUGCUGUGUAUGUUAUAUAGCUUGUAAAAUGUAAGAGUACACGCUUGCAGAGGUGUUGGGUGGUCUACGUGUUGCGAGUGUAACCAAAACAUAGCAAAAGAAAUUGAGGAAACAGUUUUCAGAGUGACAGUUUCUAAUCUGAUACUGUUUCUAAUCUGUUUGUUGUACAGUGGUUGGGCCCAAACUUGCUGGUGGGGAAAACAAGUUGUAAAGGCAAGCGAUAACAAGGUUCAGCAAAAGCGAAGCUGAGACUGGGAGAAGGCCCGUCUUUUACAGCGCUGACGGGCUAUGCGCUUAAUGAUUUGGAAGGAGGGAGAGAGACAGAGAGAGAGAGAGAAAUGACAACAUUGCUACAAUUGCAAUCAGACCAAUAAUUGUUGGCUUUUUAUAUUCACUUCGCUUUGAAAAUCCCCCUUUUGGAAAUGGAGGCGCCUAUGCCCUGGUGAAACACACCUCACGCUAGCGCGAUGAGUGCAAAAACACGAUCUGCUUGAGCCCGAUACCCCUGGAACGAGGGACUUUCUUGGACAAACAGAGCUAAUCGGCACAAAAAAAACAACCAGCGUGUGUGCGUGCUGGACCACCCGUUCUGCUGGGGGGGAUGGGCGGCUUUCUUCACCUGUCGUUGUGGAUAGUUCCCCCCGACACUCUCCCACAAGUUUACCUUGAUACUUAUUAGAAUACGAGAGACUCAUGGAUAGCCAGAUUUAAGCAAGUUAAGAAAGAAUAAAAGACAACAAGACGCUUUCAAACCAUACAUAUAUGACUAUAUAUAGAUAUACACACACACAAACACACACGCGCGCGCGCGUACAAAAAAUACACACACUCACAUACAUUAGUAUUUAUAUUUUUAGGGAUUUAUACUUAGGAUCUGUGAAUUUUAUGGGAACUACACUCUAAAUCUAAAUCUAAAUGUGUCGCGUGCGAAAGGACACCCGAAGGUGCUCAACCGUUGGGGCGCGCGGCGUGUGUAAGGCAAAUGUAUUCAUAAAAGCAAUCAAUCGAUGGAACAGUAGUGGUGGUGUGGUGUCGUCGCAGUACGUCGUAUCUUGAAAGCUCUAUACUUAAUGGUUAGGAUACUUAAACAUUUUGUCGACCCGCUUGAGGACCUUGUCUAAAAAGGGCGUUGUGUUCGGCAUGGGAGGAGCUCGUGUCCCGGUCGUGUGUUAAGAAAUAUACAAAAGCAAUAUAUCAUAUACGCUACACACUACUACACCACAUGGUUUGUGUAUCUCAGAAGAAGAAAACAAAAACAUCCCCAUCCUUACAUUUCAGUGGGAUGGAGAUGAGUUUUGGAACGUGUAUAGGGGGGAGUGAGUGACUGGGAACAGGUUACUCGGUAAAGAUGGCUAUGAGUGCAAGACAGCCCCACCAAGGGGAGUCAAGAUAUCGUUAGUAAUCCUCCCAGCACAUUGCUAUCGUUGGGGGAAGGGUAAGGGUAGACGAAUAUAUGUGUACGGUGGUGUACGGUGUUUGCUGCUACUAAACACAGUAUACUACCCAUUUAAACUUAUGGCCAAAACAAACUCUCACCCACUAAUCGCGCCAUCGACACACAAGUACACACGCUAGUACCACACACACACACCCAAACACACUUACAGCGUAUAUUGAGGAGCGCGUAUACUGAAAAGCAUCCAACACACACACACACUGCCGGCAAGCAAAGUGACAGAAAACAAAACUAAGUGUAUAGAAGAAGAAGAAGAAAAAAAGGAGGACAAAGCAAGCAUCCACUCAAACAGACAAUACUACAUAUUAUAUUUGUGUUUUAAUUUCGAAGUUUUGUGAUUGUUGCGAUUGACGGGGGGCCCGCAAAAAAAGAAACUAGUUUAAAAGAAUACACUGUGACGAAUAUAGAACAAAUGCAUCAAAAGGAAGGGCGGCGGAGGAAACGAGCGACGAUGCUUUAAGCUAAGUGAAAAUGGACCUGAUGGGUGAAAAUUAAAGACACAGAAAGGGAAGGGAGACACGUGACAGACACAGUGACGCUGUCAGGGGAGCAAAACACAGAAACUGCAUGUAUAUUUCCAUUAUAGUGUGCUAUUGCUGUUGCUGAGUAGUAGUGUAUAUUUAAUACGAAACUAUUAUACUACAUACACACGGGCACGCUUGUGUGGUGUGUGUGGAAAGAGCUACAAAAGACAAAAACAAAUAAAUGAUCUCUUCCGUGUAGCGCUGCAUGCGAAGCAGAAAAAGGGCGAUGUAAAGAAAUAGAAAGAGGGGGAGAGCGUGUGAGUAAUUGCGAGAAUUAUCAAAGCAUCAAAGCAAAAAGAAGAAGAAGAAAAAACAUAAAUAGCAACAAAAAUAUAAGAAAAAUACAUGAAGUGAGCUAACAAAAAACCAAGAGAAAACGGAAAAGCAAUAACGUUAGUUAUUAUUAAACAAUAUGAUAAUGAUUAAAAAUUAUAAUUAUGAUACUUAUGAUGAUUAUUAUUACCAAUUAUUGUCGAUCAUGUGAUGUACUGUUCCUCCCCCCUCCCCAUUCACAAAAAAAAAAGUAGCUACGCCGCCAUUCUUCGUCAUCGUGUGUCGCCACAUCGCGCGAUCAUUCCACAUCUGUGUUUCAGGAAUAUGGGGGGAGGGAAAGGGACGAAAUAGUAGCGAACAGGGGGGGUUUGCAAACCCCAACGAUUCACGAAGGCAAAAGAAAGUAAGCAAAAAACGGUAACUCCGCGAAACCGGAAACCCUUGUGCUAAAGCGUACCAACUACUACUAUCACCCAACCACCCACAACCCUUGACCUUAUACCGCAACACAGCAACACAAAAACCACCAGUUGUGAUUGCAAAACGUAAACACACAUAGAAGAAGAAGAAGAAGCGCAUUGCGUAAGAAGUGCCGUAAAGCAAACGAUUGCUAAACGAAACAAAAGAAGAGAAAGAGAGUAAAGAAAAGACGAACGCAAAACAAACAAACGUCGUACGAGAAGAAGUAAUAAAGCAAAAUAAAACAAAUGAAUAAAACCACAAAACAAAUGGCAAAGUAUGUGUUGUAAGGUUAAAAAGACAGCUGGCGACACAACAGUAAGCAACAGUAUAAAGAAGAAUUUCGAACAUUUCCCCCGAGCCAUCACCACCAACAAAAAAGAACGUCUGCUAUAUAUCCUUCCUCUCAGUGUUUCUCUUUUGAACGUAGCAUCAACAGCAGGAUGAACGGGUGUGGCUAGCGAAAGAACGCAGGUAAACGUAAAUACCCAUACAAUACAAAUAACAAAACAAAAAACAAACAAACUAAGUAAAUAAAUAGAUAGCAACUGGUACGCUAGGCAGUGCUUUUAUAGUGAUUGUACGUUGAAUGUAAUGGUAGAGUAGUAGCGGCAUUAUUAUGUAGAAGACUGUACACGUUUGGCACACCACGUUUUGUAUAUAUAUGAGAGUAUGAGAGUAAUAGUUUGUGGGGAUAGAGAGAUAUACCGACAAACAAAUUUAAAAAAAAAAAGUUAUAAAAACGGGGAAAAACCUGAUUCCUCAGCAUCCCAUUUGAACGUAAAACCACACAGAGACACACAACACAACAAACCGACGUACGUAAUUAACAGGUAUGGGUUUCCCCCUGAUCGCUCGAUCGGCACUGGUGCAUAGAAGUAGAUGCGGCUGCUUCUGUAGUCUGCGUAGUGUACCGUAGACGACUCUAGUCGAGUCUAGUCGCUGCGACUAGACGACGUUUUUUUCUAGAUUUGUGUUUGUUUAGAUUGGAGUUUGGUACUAAGGCUUCAAUGCGUUUAGUACACACGUUAUUUCACUGUUAUAAAAAAAAUCUUAAAAUCUUCACAACUGUACGCCCCACACAUGUGACUUCAUCCUAGAUAGUUUAUCUGACACUCCAGAGCCUGCUGACAUUAUCAUCGGUCACUCUCUGUUAUACUGUUAUUUUGGAUACAGACAACUGUCACUUCUUAGCUGACAUGACGAGUACUGUUCUGUUUUGCUCUGACUCUGACACACACGACACUAAGAAAGACGCUCACUCUAAUUCGCUACCGUUUAGAGCCCCCACGAUCGUUAGAAGUUGUUUGAUGUGUUGUAACAUCGUGUAGUGACCGCAAAAAUGGUUUGAAAAAACAAAAACAAAAACCAAGCAAACUUUAUGGCAUCAUUUGCCAUAAUAGUAACCAAAAAGUAUUGUCCCGCUAAACUAACUGCAUUGCUCAAUGAUUUGGCAAUAAUUGUCGUGCGAAACACACACCAUACACCAGGUGUAAUGUAGAACUGUACACCACAAGUAACUAACUACACCUUAUCAGUAGGAGUAUAGUGUCGGUUUUGCAUUCAUACAUUUGCUGUAAUAUCACUUGUUUUAUUCCGUAAGUAAAAAAACGCAUCAUUAGUUUCAACACGUGCAUACGUAGCCCAUAGUGCAGACUAGUUUUAGCUCCGUUUCUCUUCCCGUGCGUACGCUGACCACAGCGCCAUGCGACAGUGAAGAGCAACCGAGCCCCGAGUAGCACACACCUAGAGGUAUCAUUCGCAGUACAUGGUUUUGUUUGUUUUACGCUGUACUAAAAAUAAACAACAUCAGAAUAGUACACCAUCAACUCAUUUAACUACCUGUGCACCUACCUGGUCAUCCAGGUCUCUGCAGGAGCUCCCAUCUCAAUGGGCAGCUCUUGGUUGCGACUCACUCACACACACUCCCAGCUCCUGAAAUUCCCACCUCCAAUCCAGCCACAAGCACCCCCCCCCCCUCUCCAUCGUCACCAUCAGUAAAAUUCCCUGGUACGAUCAUCGUGAUCGACGUAACGAUUAGCAAUAAGCGUACAUAUGUUUUGAUCGUGUUGCGUAUUAGUGUUGUGUGCUAGUAGUGUGCGGACGCAACACCAUCGCACACCAUCUCAUUCGUAAAACACACCCAGUAGUAGUUGAAUCGAAUUCGAGGGUCGAUUAAACUGUAGGCAACUGUGCAAAGUGGAAGCAAAUGCAGUAAUUAAUAAAUGCAAUAAAUAAUUUGAGUCUGUAGCAAAAAACAAAACAAAAAACAAAACGUGUAAACACACACUAGGCGUUUCUGAGUAUCUGUUCUAAGUUUCGUUCUGUAUCUGUACCUGUGAGGGAGAAUGUGUUUGUGUGUGUAAGUUCGUGCACUUCUUCCUCACAAAACCAUUUGAGUAGCUCGAAUAUAUAAAUAUUAAUAUACCUAAAAUGUAUUAUACUAGAGAAACGCACUGAAUAAUCGUAGUAGCGGUAUACGGAAGUAAUUACUGUCUGGUAGAUGAGUUAGUGUUUUUGUUUAGCACAUCUUAACAUCUAUGCUCUCCCCUUAUUGUACUCAGUAUGUAUUCGUUCGAUCAAAAAGAUCGUUAAUCUGUAAGCAACCAAACGCAGAUGGCACCAUCUUACUUACUUAGCUACGUUUUGCUUAACUAGUGUUAUGUUCUCUCUUUCUUUCUUUCAUUCUCUCACUCUCUUUCGCUAUCUCGACCUACCGUUUUGCAGUGACUGUGUAGUAGUUAAACAUGAACAAAAGAAAUAUCAUUAGAGUCAUAUAGUCGAUACCACCUAGAUGAAACGCAUAUCAAUCUGCAAUAGCUGCUCGUUUGGGUAUGCUCUCUUUUUUCUAUCGUUGUUUGUACUUCUGACUAAUCUAUUUAUCAGAACUAUCUACCCAUCUAUCCGGCUAUUUUUUUCAUUUACUAUAUAUCAUACGUGUUUUCGUUGUCUAUUUCCUCCGAAACGUUUGCUAUGAGUUUCCUUACGCGCUUCUCAAAAUCGCUCCAAACUGGUGCAUGAUUACACUGUACCCCACACACUCUCCUCACACACGCACAAUAGAAGAGUACUUUCGCAACUCGAUCGCUUUAUAACUAGAUUGUGGUAAAAAAGAUUAGUAGAGAUACCUAAGCAAAACAGUAUUGUGCACACUGCGUACGCCAAUAGACUUUGCUGUAAGGCGUGAUUGCGCAUCGGUAUAAAAAAAAGUUAAAAAACCAAUUCAAAGAACAAUAACUGCAAUAACUAAGAAUGUUUGUAAUUUGGAGCCUUGGAGCCUCAAGCGCAAAACUCAACUCUCCAAAACCCUGCAGCAAUGACUAAACACAGGGUAGUAACACGAGCGUACCAUAAGCGUCUAAUGCAUGAACCUUGAUGAGCGUUAUGAACUUAAUAUAGCUAUUUAAAAAGAAAAUGAGAGAGAAAGAAAAAAACACGACAACAACAAAAGACAAAACAUUAAAAAAGGUAAAACUAAAUACAACAACAAUAACAAAAUAAUAAUGUAGCUGUAGCAAUACCAGUGUGAUUGUAUUACUUGAUAGUAGAUUUGUAAUGUAUAUGCAACAAUAAAUACAUCUAAUGUAAUCUGAACUUAUUUGUGCGGUAGUGAUAGCGCGCCAUCACCACCACACGCACGCCAUAGACAAAAUCACAUACGAAACAUAAAAGACACCAUGCCGUCAUACCACACAGAUACACACUCCUAACGAAUAGAAGUAUGCCGUACGGAAAAUCAAAACUUUUAUAGUAGUAUAUAUGCGAAUGCAACCCUGUUCUUGUAACACUCGUAGUCUCGUAGUGGGUAGUAUGUAUUUGAGCCUGUAGCAGUUACGAUACCGUUAGCGACUAGGACACACUAGUAGAGCUGUAUGUAGUUCAUAGAUCGGUGUGUUGGUGAGAGCAAUUGGAUACUAAGCUUGUAUUUUUUCUAUCGCGCAUACCACACCCAAGCAUGAAAUAAACGUCAACAAACUGUCAAGCUGAAAACGGAAAAUCAUAUAAACAACAAAUAUCAACAUCCAAACCGUGGGACAGUUGAAAUCCCUAACCAUAAUGAAAUAGAUAGAAACAUCUCUCUCCAAACGUACAAUAAUCGCACUUUUAUAAUGUUUGACAAACACCCCUACGAUCCAUUUCUUUUACGAGAGCUUUAAGCUUUUCUAGUGAACUCUUGCUAACAAAACGAAAACGAAGACGAAGAAAAAAACCUAUAAAAAAGAAGAAACAGAGAUGACGUUCUUAGAACAAGUGGUACAUCAUGGCAAUACUCAUCAUUGUAAGGCUCUAUUAGUAUAACAUAAUCACUAACUGAACGGUGUGUAGAGUAGUUGUAUCCUUGUAUCCCAGCUAUUUUUAUAUAUAACACACACAUACAUACACACCUAAACCCAUCACAACCACUGUGGUGUGUCCCGUUGUCAUGAUUUUAGUUACAAAUAUUUGUUUUAGUACACUCUCUUUUAGUACAUUUAUGUUUUGCUUAUAAUAUUUAGUUUAUAAGUACUUUUAGUUUUAUCGGUUCUUACCAAUCGUGAUGAUACUGACACGAACGAGUAGAAUGUCAAAUAAAAAACAGAACACAAGUAAAAUUUGCUAUAUAAAACACAACACACACACACAUCAUACACGUGCGUGUCAAAAUUAGUACCAACGUUCUCUCAAAACUAAAGCUUGUAGAUGUUGUUGUGUUCGAUUGUAGUUUUAGUUGUGAGUGUUGUUGCAACAGUGUGACCGCAAAACGCUCCUUUCCUUCUUAUCUAUCUUUUCAUACCGACACCCACACACACAGAUACAAACACAACUGUGUAUUAGAGUAGAGACAUGUAUACUAGAGUGUACUCUAUCUGGAUAAAUAUAUCUAUCAACUUGAUUUUAGAUCGUAGAACGUUUAGUUUGGCCUCUUUCCCCCAUACCUCCCCUCUUACGUAGUUAAUUGGUUGUUGAUGGUACCAUGCUAUCCCAUGUAAGCUCGUUUUGUGUAGUAUUACUUGUAAAGCAAAGCAAAACAAAUAAAAUAUAUACUCCCAUCGCCACGUUCGUGCGGAUGGUUCAUAAACAUCAUGGAAAUAAAGUAUUAGUAGCAUAUAUAAGCGUAUGCGGUUUCUUUGUUUUAGUUCAUCCAGUUGCCUUUACCGUAGACCGUAGCAUCCAAAGGGUAUGGAAUGAAAUAAUUGUCCACUCUUUACUAGAAUUCAUUUCUUGUUCUUUUCAUUUUGUUGUAAAUAGAAAGAAUAUGACGUGGUUGCGUUCGUAGAGCUCCAUCAGCACAAUCAUUGUAAAACGAACAGCUUGCUUGUCCGUAACACACAUAUUGGUGUGUUUUAGAACAUCGUUUUUAGUACAAGUAGCUUUGUCUUCCCAGCUAUAUGCCGUAACUAAAAAAGAAGCAUUUGUUCAUCCGGUGCUGAUGGUUUUUUACUUUCAAAAUGUCUGCUUGUAUGCGCGUAGAAGAAAUACUAUUGCUGUACAAAUAUGUAAAUAGCGCUUAUAGUGUUGUUGUUUGGAAUGGUAAGUAAACAAGACUUAGAGUUCAACGAUUGUAUGAUAACUUGGAUAUCCGUGGUAGUAUAUCGAUUUACACUCGACAUUGCUUCGAUCGUUUUUCUUCUAGUUUCAAUUUCAGAAGCAGCCAAAAAACCAGCAAAAAACCUCGGGCAACUAAAUUUCGUUAACUUUUCUCUUAAAUUAUUUAGUUUAGCAAAUUUAAAUGUAACAUGAAACGUCGCUUUUAACGCAAACGAACUAAUACACGCUUUCGAAACAAUCCCUCUCCCCAAUCACCAAAAAAAACACCGGCGAUGGCACAGUAUCGCACACGGUACAGGAUUUGGUGUUCAUCUGGAAUAUGACCGACCCGCUGGUGGUGAACCCGGAAAUCGAGCUGCCCCAGCUGGACAUCAGCAACAACUACACCACCGACUGUACGAUCGAGUACUCGACCGGUAACUUCACCUGUCUGGCGGUGGUGUUCAACCUGAGACGGCGGCUGGGCUACCAUCUGUUCCACACCUACAUCCCGUCCGCGCUGAUCGUCGUCAUGUCGUGGAUAUCGUUCUGGAUCAAACCGGAAGCCAUCCCGGCACGGGUAACACUCGGCGUCACCUCGCUACUAACGUUAGCCACACAAAACACCCAAUCGCAACAAUCGCUACCGCCGGUAUCGUACGUAAAGGCCAUCGACGUCUGGAUGUCGUCCUGCUCCGUGUUUGUGUUUCUCUCGCUGAUGGAGUUCGCGGUGGUCAACAACUACAUGGGCCCGGUGGCGACCAAAGCGAUGAAGGGCUACUCCGACGAGGAUCUGUCGGAGGCGAUCGACUUUAACAAGAACGGCUACAACAAGGACCACCGCUCGUCGGAGGUACCGCGGUACGAUACGUUCUGCCACGGGCGGGAAACGGCCCUCUGCAUCGACAAGUUUUCCCGCUUCUUUUUCCCCUUCUCGUUCUUCAUACUGAACGUUACCUACUGGACCACGUUCCUGUAGGAGGGGACGGGGAGAGGCUCCCCUCAGGCAACAACAGAAAUUUGCCCAUGGAGCUGCUGCAGAAGAAAGCAUUGAAGGUAUCAUCCAGCAUCCCGCAAAUGACAUUAGAUGAGAUACCGUACACUAGGAACAUAGUAGCUGUAAGAUACUGGCACCAUCGGAUUGGCCGAUCGGUCACUAGGCGUAAGCGACACAUAUAACAAAGUAAAUAAAGUAGUUCUCCUCCAUUAAUCCGAUGAAAAUUAAA